AUGACCAACAAAGGAUCCUACAUGUUUCUCUUGCAUUUUGUCACGAACAACAAUUCUUUCAGCUAUCCCACCAUGGCCAACAAAUCAUCAUGCCUGUUUCUCUUGCAUUUUCUCAUGAACACCAAUGGAUGGCCCUCCGUUUUCCCUUCAUUUUUCGCAACAUCCACAACAGUUGAAGUAGAUUUUGCGAUCUCUGCUUUUUUUCUUAGCCUCUCUAUAUUCAUGAUGCUCUUUGAGAUGCUAACGUUAAACCAUCUCAAUCAUCCUUAUUCUCCAAUCGGGUUUCUCGCUACGGGACAUAUAUACCUUGCUGGGGAGAUUGCACUUGUUAUUGGGAUAGUUAUCUUCGUUACUUCACUUCCACAAAUUAGAAGAAAAAACUUUGAGAUUUUCUACUACACACAUCAUUUGUAUAUACUCUUUCUAGUACUUUUCUUGUUUCAUGCUGGAGAUAAGCACUUCUAUAUGGUGUUUCCAGGAGUUUUUCUUUUUAGCCUCGAUAAACUACUUCGUAUAAUUCAAUCAAGCCCGAAAACUUGCAUAGUUUCAGCUAGAUUUUUUCCCUGUGAAGCUCUGGAGUUGAUUAUCCCCAAAGAUCCAAGGCUAAAGUAUAACCCUACAAGUGUUGUAUAUAUGAAGAUACCAACUAUAUUGCAUCUUCAAUGGAAUCCAUUCAUUAUAAUAUCGAGUUCCAAAGCUGAUGAAAACAUUAUGUCUGUGUUGAUUAAAUCUCAAGGAUGGUGGACUAAUACUCUUCAUGAUUUGAUAGAAACUGAACUAAACAAAGGUGCUGAUAAAAGAAAGGGCAUACAUGUUGCAGUUGAAGGACCUUGUGGACCUACUUCAUUAGACUUUUUAAAACAUGACAGUGUACUUAUGGUUGCCGGAGGAAGUGGAAUAACACCAUUUCUGAGCGUUUUGGCCGAGAUUGGUUCAACCACCAACAAAAAUAAUUUUCCUUCAAAGAUCCAACUUGUACAUAUCAUAAAGAGGGCACAAGAUGUUUUUUAUCGUGGUUUAAAAGAGGAGGAUAAAGAGGACAUGAAGGUUGAAGAAGACGAAGGUAACAUGUUGGUUGAUGCUGUUGGAAGGAGUAUUGAAGGUGGCUACAAUGAAAAUGCAUAUGAUUAUCAAGAUGAAUGGGGCUCUUAUUGGGACGAUGGAAUGGAUAUUGAAACAGAAGAAGAAGAUAAUGAAUUAAUAAGAAGUGUUGAAGAUUAUCAUCGUGAAAAUCCUUAUGGAGAUAAUAGAUUCGUUAUUGAAGUUGAAAGUGAUGAAGACGAAUGGAACUAUGGUUGGGGAGAGGGCAUAGAGAUUGAAGAAGAAGAUAUUAGGUUUGUUCCUGCGGCUAAGUCGUGUAUUGAGGGAUUCAAGACGGUAACACUUGAAGAAGUAGAAAAGUGUACUAUUUGUCUCGAAGAUUUUAAUGUUGGUGUCUGUCUCCCAUGUUCGCAUAUGUUUCAUAUGAAUUGUAUUCAAGAUUGGUUGAAUAUAGGCAAUUUUUGUCCUUUGUGUAGGUUUCAAUUGCCUACUAAUAACACAAGUGAAUAA